AUGGCCACUGACUUCUGCCCCGUCUACGCCCCCUUUUUCAGUGCCUUGGGAUGCACCAGCGCGAUCGUGUUUACAUGUAUCGGUGCUAGUUAUGGAACAGCAAAGUCUGGUGUCGGUAUCUCGGCCAUGUCCGUCAUCCGUCCCGACCUCAUGAUGAAGUGCGUUGUACCAGUUAUCAUGGCUGGUAUCAUUGCCAUUUACGGACUGGUCGUCUCGGUACUUAUUUCCGGAGAAAUGCAACCGCGCAUGGCAUUAUUUACUGGGUUUAUCCAACUCGGAGCGGGUCUUAGUGUCGGUCUUGCGGGUCUGGCUGCCGGGUUUGCUAUUGGAAUCGUUGGCGACGCCGGUGUCCGUGGAACAGCCCAGCAACCCCGUCUUUUCGUCGGAAUGAUUCUUAUUCUCAUUUUCGCCGAAGUCUUGGGUCUCUACGGCUUGAUCGUUGCGCUCAUCAUGAACACGAGCGGUAAAGUCGACGAUAUCAACAAGCUCUGCCCCCUCCCCAGUGUCUAA